AGGGCCAACUACCAGCAACAAACGAUUUCACAGCAGCCACCAUGACUACCGCUCACAGACCCACGUUCGAUCCUGCACAAGGGAAAGAGGCCCUCCGCGGACCAGCAUACCACCAACGUCUUCUUCCGGCUCACAUGCACCUGAAAACACGUCAACUCGGUCAGGGAAGCGAAUUCGAAACUCAGCAACGCGAUCUGCGCGCCGAGCUGCUUCAGGCGGAGGCAGCUCAUUUUGCGAAGAAGAACGGGGUCCCCGUGGACGAGCCCACAGUCGAGACCGCCGCACCGAAGCGCCAAUUGGAAGGUGCCUCGCCCGAUGGUGAUGCAAAGACAGAGGAAGAGGACCCAGAAGCGAAGCGACGACGAAUACUAGAGGAGACCCGAGAAAUAGAUGCAGAUUCUGAUGAGUCGGAGGAGGACAGCAGCGAGGAUGAAAGUGACGAAGAGGAUGAGGCUGCUGAGUUGAUGCGCGAGCUGGAAAAGAUCAAGCGAGAGAGACUCGAACAGAAAGAGAAAGAGGAACGCGAGCGCGCUGCGGAAGAGGAGGAGCAGCGGGAGAUCGAUAUUGCUCGAGGCAACCCGUUGCUCAACCCCCAGGAUUUCAACGUGAAGCGGAGGUGGGACGAUGAUGUUGUGUUCAAGAACCAGGCCCGUGGCACGGAAGACAGGAAGGGCAAGGAGUUUGUCAACGAUCUGUUGCGGUCGGACUUUCACAAGAGAUUCAUGGGGAAGUAUGUUCGCUAAGCUCGUCGAUCUACAAUUUCGCCUCACACGCACACCUUUCUUUGCGGCUAUCAAUGUGGCCACUGUCGCAGAGUGUCAAACUAUAGACCCGUACGGCUCAAACUUCAAGCCGGAUGAAGUAGCCACAUGCGCUGGUGGAUUCAGGGCUCAUACAUGGCUAUCGAACAGAUGCAGCACAAGCCAGGGAGCAUAUGCACAGGAAUGAGCCAGACAAACGCAUCUGAGACACUGGAUUGGGUUGGCUUAACAUCAGGUGCUAUCAGUCUUAUUCCAGAGAAUGUAUACCCGCAUCACAUUUAGAUAUUCAAUAUCCCAAACUAGUAG